ACAAAAGUCGCACUGCAACAUUGUCCCCAGCUAGCCAGCCACAUGCCGAGUCGGCAUGUUCAUUAUGCUUACAAUUAAGAACCUAUGUACUUAUGUAUAAGAUGGAAACGGAGUAUUCGAGUAGCCACUUUCUGACAAUAAACCUCACUCUGAUUUUGAACUUCAAGAAAGUCAGUCGUAUUCUUUAUUGGAAAUCUUCACACUACAAAUAUCUGCUGAAACUUAAAAACCUUCAUACAUUUACACAUCAUAUCUUCACAAAAGGCUCCACCCUCGAUCACGGACUUAACUGGCGCAGCCGGUAGGAUGUCCUACCUAUUAAUAAUCACCUACCUAACAUAAAAGGGAAAAUAUAAAGCCAAAGACAGACACCUAUACACAUCAUAUCUACACACCCAUACACUCUAGUAAACAAGGAAUUUGUUCAUUAUUUUUCAAUCAUACAUAAUAUAUUAAGUAACCUCAAAUUUAAUGUCAAAAAAGUUCGUUUACAACCUUAGGAAAACUACACGUUCAGUUGUUGGAGUUCCACCAAACACUAAUAGGCCCCCACAUCCCGUUAGACGUCCUGACUCCCUUCCCCCGAUUUCGGAAGAACCCAAAUCAAUACCUUCCCAAACCCCCAUAAUGGACUCGGGAAACGAUUCUGCCUGUCCCACUCCAUCCCCUCUGGCGCCCACUGUCAGUGGUAUUAGCUCCUUAAUUUCAACUACGUUCAAGCCUAAAGAUAUCAUGGCAUUUGUUGAGCAUUUGCCAACCUUUGAUGGUACACCUCGUCUAUUGGAUAGGUUUAUCACUAGCGUAGAAGAAAUCCUGAUGCUCAUCAGGGGAGCUGACCAAACACCGUAUGGCCUGCUUACUCUGAGGACCAUCAGGAACAAAAUCAUUGAUAGGGCCGACGAAGCCUUGGAACUGGCGAAUACCCCCUUGGUUUGGGAUGAGAUUAAAAGCAAUCUCAUCCGCCUUUACUCGAGCAAGAAAAGCGAGGCCAACUUGUUAAGCGAGCUUAACACAUUUUCGGACAACCUGACCUUGGGCCAACUGUUCUUUGGUAUAUCAAAGGUGAGAAGCCAACUCUUCUCCAUACUCAAGAACAGCGAACACAACAACACUGUUGUAGAUGCAAAAAAGGUUGUCUACAACGAGGUUUGUCUCAAUGCUUUUAUGACUGGUUUGAAGGAACCUCUCAAGACUUUCGUCAGGAUAAAGUCCCCUUCUACACUUGACCAGGCGUACGAGCAAUGCCAAAUAGAGCAGACCUUAUAUAGGGCACAAAACAAGCGAACCAACAGACCAGAGCAGGGACCCAAUGGAUCAGACAAUAAAACCUACCGAAAUAGCUACGACAGCAAUUACCGCAGCGGACGUAACGACCGAAAUGACCGUAGGGGACCAUACUCUAACUCUAACUCUAACUCUUACUCUGGCCAAAAUAGACCAUUUAAUUCACACAAUCGCACACCCCAAUCCGGCACCAAUGACAACCGGGCCAAUACAUCAAACCCCUUUCGAGCACCUUCACAUAGUUUGAAUAAUAUAGAGGAGAACCCUCAACCUGAUUCAAAUUUUCAGCAAACGGCCUCGGGAAACCAACAGGGUACAUAA